AUGUCCAAAAUCGCAGAAGGUAUCCGUCUGUUAGCGGACCACCAUUACAAUCUUUCCAAAACUAAACGAGCGUUCAUCCUACUCUCGCUGAACUUCCUGGGUAAAGUAGCAUCGGACUCAGCGACUGUCGAUGAAUAUCUUUUCGGAAGUAACUUUACGGAAAACGUAAAUACCGCUCAAACAAUGGAAAAGGUUGCUAAUAAAAUGACAAAAAAGAACCAACGAUCUUCGACUCAAGGAUCUCAUCCCACGAUGGGACAACAGCCGAAACAGCAGAGGAACCAACCACUUCGCAUCGGACAUCCCAACGCAAAAAACGCGAAGGCCCCUCCUCGCCUAACCUCAUCGACGCAUCGCCCGAGGAGGGGCCCUUCCCAGUCAGGUCACGGCAGGAAGUCACGAUCCAAAUCCCGAGCUCGCCGUGCCUCCAUCAAGGAAUGUCAAAACAACAUCCACGCAUCAAUAAACUUACUAACAUCUCUAGGUUUUCUAAUCAAUUACAACAAGUCUCAACUCACACCAUCAUCUAGAUGCAGAUAUCUAGGAUUCAUAUUCGAUUCUGCUUAUCAAUCAAUCGCCAUUCCGCCGGAUAAGAGAAGAAAACUCUUUUCCCUGACAAACAGAUUUUCACGAAAAUCGCAUUGUACUGUAAAGGAAUUUGCGGAAUUGAUUGGAUCACUGGUUUCAGUUUUUCCGGCAGUGCAGUAUAGCCCGCUCUAUACCAAACAUUUUGAGAGGGAAAAAUUUUUAGCCCUGGAAUCUUCGUCAGGAGAUUACUCGAAACAGAUGGCGAUCCCCUCUUACUUACGUACAGAUUUCGAAUGGUGGCUCCAAGUCCUCUCAGAUUCUGAGCAGUACAAUCCUAUCCGCUCAGAACCCUUCGUCUGCGAAAUAUUUUCCGAUCCAUCCCUAACCGGCUGGGGAACCUCUUGCGUAUCCUCUUCUACUGACAUCGCCAGAGAAAUAUGGCAAUGGUGCGAAGAGCGAAACAUCCAUCUCUUCGCUUCUUAUAUCGCUUCAAUGGACAACGUCACCGCGGACAGAGAAUCACGGAGGGAAAGCCCUAACACGGAAUGGUCCUUGUCGAUCAAAGCGUUCGACCAAAUUCAAGCAUCAUUUGGUCCAUUUGACGUCGACCUUUUUGCAUCCCUGAUUAAUGCCAAAAACGAGACAUACGUCUCCUGGUUCCCCGAUCCAGGCUCUUGGGCUAUCGACGCCUUUAGUUUGUCCUGGGCCUCAGCAUUCGGAGUGGACAAGCCUUUCCCUGGCUGCAGGGAAGUUAUCAGGCAAGCACUGAUAUCGCAAUCGGUUCCUGCAGCGGCUCUCGAGGUCAUGAUCGCCUCCUUAUCGGCAGCAACGAUCAACCAAUACUCUCGACCCUUAAAGAGCUGGUGGAACUUUUGUCAGAAUUGCCAGAUUACACCGUUCGAUCCUGAAAUAAACCAGGUUCUCGAAUUCUUAUCUCGGGAGUUAGAAUACACGAAUUCGUAUUCGUCCUUUAACACUAUGCGAUCAGCAAUCUCCUUUAUCUCUAAUAAAGCGAUUGGUAACCAUCCUUUGAUCAAGCUGUUCGGAAAAGGAGUUAAUAUCAUCAAACCGCAGAAACCGCGUUACGAUUUUAUCUGGGACCCAGCUCCUGUAGUCGAGAAACUAACACACAUCUUCCCCUAUGAGUCUUUAUCUCUCGAUAUUAUCUCAAGAAAGUUAGUUCUUCUUUUAGCUUUAGGCUCAGGACAGCGCGCGCAGACCUUAGCGGCAAUAAAAGUCUCGCAUAUUUUUCGCGAAGAAAAUAAGCUUAUUUUGAAAAUCCCAGAUCGAUUGAAGACCUCGGCGCCAGGUCGAGCCCAACCCUUGCUUACCUUUGCGCGUUUCCCUGAUCAUCCAAACCUUUGCAUAGUAACCAUUUUAGAAUAUUAUCUACAGCCUCUGUGUCCCCCCGAGUGCAAUUCCUUGUUUAUCUCUUGCAUGAGACCUCACAAGGCAGUUGGAGUCCAAUCAAUAAGCCGCUGGAUUCGUAGAGGCUUAGAGGAAUGCGGGGUACAAGGAGACCUCUUUUCGGCUCAUAGCACCCGGCACGCCUCUACCUCCCUAGCUGUAAAAAAGGGGAUCUCUCUGGAACUUGUUAAGCGAGCGGCAGAGCUUAGACCGCAGCCAGUUGUGGGAUUUUCUAAGGGUCGAUUGUUCCAUCUUUCGGAGAAAAACUUGAGAGUGAUAUUCGAGAUGAUGGACCAAGAUGCUCAAGACGGCGUCUCGACAACGAGUAGCGACAAGUACGAGAACAUGACCGUUGUAAGAUGA